GCGCCUGGCUCAAUGUAGCACACGGAUCCACUUCGCAACUUUCAUGAUUCAGAAUGUCAUUGAAAAUCCAACCCGAUUAAGAUUUAUUUUGAUGAACUUAUUGUCAUAUGUAUUUAUAGAUUGACGUAUGUACAAUAUUAACGAAAGGAAAGAACAACAAAGGUGACCGUCAGUGUUACAUUACCUGCAAUAAUGUAACUGGAUUUAUGUAACUACAACCGCGUACACAAAGAAGACAUGUACAAAACAUGUACACAGUCAAGUGGAAUAUCAGCUCUGAAAUGUAUAUUUUCAAAGAGAUUAUUGGUUAAAUGUAGCCAAAGACACCAAGACCUCUCAUACCGGACAAUGGCAAACAAAUACAGAUUAUUUUUUCUUAGAUCAUCCCAGCAGGUGUUGAGGUGUGUGUACAGCACGAGAUCAGUACCUUCCAUAAAUCAAAUUUACUCCACAAAACCAUCUCUUCCUCCAAACUCUUUGGCAUGGGCUUAUGAAUUCUCCAGAACCUGCUCUACUUACACUUCAGGUCAAAGCAGUUUUUCACAGAGAAGCCACACAUGUGGAGAACUGUGCUCCAGUCAUAUAGAUGAAGAAGUUACUUUAUGUGGCUGGAUUCAAUACUUGAGGCAAGAUCUUUUUGUGAUCUUGAGAGACUUCAGUGGAUUGGUGCAAAUUCUUAUCCCACAGGAUGAGUCUAAAUCUGAACUGAAGAAUGCUUUUCUUGGCCUCACGGUGGAGUCGGUCAUCAUGGUCAAAGGACGGGUCAGGCGUAGACCAGAGGGACAGGAGAAUAAGACCAUGUCCACUGGAGACAUUGAGGUCUGUGCUGAGAGCAUGAAAGUGCUGAAUACCUGCAGAAAGCUGCCGUUUGAGAUUAAAGAAUUUGUCAAAAAAUCCGAAUCCCUCAGGAUGCAGUAUCGUUAUCUUGAUCUUCGGUCAACCGGGAUGCAGUACAAUUUAAGACUGAGAUCACAAAUGGUGAUGAAAAUGAGGGAGUACCUUUGCAAUUUGCAUGGAUUUGUGGAUGUGGAAACACCAACGUUGUUUAAAAGAACACCUGGGGGUGCCAAAGAGUUUGUGGUGCCAUCUGGAGACCCUGGGAAGUUCUACUCUCUUCCUCAAAGCCCACAGCAGUUCAAACAGCUUCUUAUGGUGGCUGGCAUAGACCGGUACUUUCAGCUCGCUCGCUGCUACAGAGACGAGGGCUCCAAGCCUGACAGACAGCCUGAAUUCACACAGGUGGAUAUUGAGAUAUCCUUUGUAGACCAGGCUGGAGUCAUGAGUUUGAUUGAAGGCUUGGUCCAGUACUCCUGGCCAGAGGACAAAGGACAGAUUAAUGUUCCCUUUCCCUCCAUGACUUAUGAGGAAGCCAUGAGAGACUACGGAGUUGACAAACCAGACACUAGAUUUGGGAUGAAGCUUGUGGAUGUCACCACAGCAUUCCAGGGAACGCAAAUCGAGUUCAUCAAAGAUGCACUUCUUGAACCUGGUGGCUGCAUUCAGGCUAUCUGUGUCCCAGAAGGAAUGAAACACCUGAAGGGCAAAGACUUCGAGUUCCUCAAACAAGCAGCCAAGGCACAGUAUGGUCAGGAGGUGAGCGUGGCUCCAGUAAGGGCAGAUGGUUCACUGAAAUCCCCUCUCAGCCGGCUGCUCUCGGACACGGCCAAACAGCAGCUGCUCCAGAUGGCCCAGGCCAAUGCUGGAGACCUGAUCUUCAUCACGGCCGGACCCCGGGAGAACGUGCGCCCUCUGCUGGGGAAGGUGAGACUGCAGUGCGCUGACCUGCUUGAGCACUAUGGUGUGCCUGUUCGUGACCCCUCUGUCUUUCACUUCUUGUGGGUGGUGGACUUUCCCCUCUUCUUACCCAAAGAGGAUGAUCCAGAGAUGCUUGAGUCUGCCCACCAUCCCUUCACGGCUCCAGUCCCCGAGGACGUCCAUCUGCUCUACACCCAGCCCUACAACGUGCGUGGCCAGCAUUAUGACUUGGUGCUGAAUGGCUGUGAGAUUGGAGGAGGUUCAAUUCGAAUCCACAAUGCCUCUCAGCAGCUGUAUAUCCUGGACACGAUUCUCAAGGAAGACCCAUCACUUCUUGCUCAUCUAUUGGAGGCUCUGGACUCCGGGGCCCCUCCUCAUGGUGGAAUCGCGUUAGGGCUGGAUCGACUGGUUUCCAUCAUUGUAGGAGCUCCCAGUAUCAGAGACGUCAUAGCUUUUCCAAAAUCCUUCAGGGGCCAUGACCUCAUGAGUCACGCUCCAGACUUCGUCUCUGAAGAAGAUCUGAAGCCGUACCAUAUUUCUGUGGUCUGGCCAAGCACAGAUACAGGGGGUCAGCAGGACAACUCAAUGUAAGCACUAAAAUGGUUAAUAUGUGUAUGAAGUUCAGUGUCGCCAUCUGUGCCCACGCUGGUGAUGGACUUCAGAGCAGAAGCAGCAGGAUCACUUCCUGUCCUGAGAGAAUUGAGCACCAUCUUCUGAGUGAAGGCCAUGUCUGUGUCCUCUACAUCACGAAACUCUUCUCAUCUGCUGCAUGAACAGAUCAGUCAUGUCAUAUAAUUGCUCUGUAAUUAGUGUUUUCAACUGUACAUUUUGUUAUUACAUUUGUUUUAGUGGAAAAACUAUGAAAUCCA